AUGACAGAACAACAACUUUACUUGAAAUCAAUAGAAUGUGAUCCAACCAAUUCCAACUCAUACUUUAACCUUGCAACAACACUUUUAGUUUGUGAAUCAAUCACACUUCAUAACGGUCAAUCAAUGACACAACAACAACUAUACUUGAAAUCAAUAGAAUAUGAUCCAACCAAUUCCAAUUCAUACAAUAACAUUGCAACAACACUUUCAAGAGGUGAAUCAACCAUACUUCCUAAUGGUCAAUCAAUGACACAACAACAACUAUACUUGAAAUCAAUAGAAUGUGAUCCAACCAAUUCCCAUUCAUAUAAUAACCUUGCAACAACACUUUUAGUUUGUGAAUCAAUCACAGUUCCUAACGGUCAAUCAAUGACACAACAACAACUAUACUUGAAAUCAAUAGAAUGUGAUCCUACCAAUUCCAACUCAUACUAUAAUCUUGCAACAACACUUUCAAGAGGUGAAUCAAUCAUACUUCCUAAUGGUCAAUCAAUGACACAACAACAACUAUACUUGAAAUCAAUAGAAUAUGAUCCAACCAAUUCCGACUCAUACAAAAACCUUGCAACAACACUUUCAAUUGGUGAAUCAAUCACACUUCAUAACGGUCAAUCAAUGACACAACAACAACUAUACUUGAAAUCAAUAGAAUAUGAUCCAACCAAUUCCGACUCAUACAAUACCAUUGCAGUUAAACUCUCAAUUGGUGAAUCAAUCAUACUUCCUAAUGGUCAAUCAAUGACACAACAACAACUAUACUUGAAAUCAAUAGAAUGUGAUCCAACCAAUUCCGACUCAUACAAUAACCUUGCAAAUACACUUUCAAGAGGUGAAUCAAUCAUACUUCAUAACGGUCAAUCAAUGACACAACAACAACUAUACUUGAAAUCAAUAGAAUAUGAUCCAAUCAAUUCUAAUUCAUACUAUAACCUUGCAAGAAAACUUUCAAUUGGUGAAUCAAUCACACUUCAUAACGGUCAAUCAAUGACACAACAACAAUUAUUCUUGAAAUCAAUAGAAUGUGAUCCAACCAAUUCCGACUCAUACACUAACCUUGCAAAUACACUUUCAAGAGGUGAAUCAAUCACACUUCAUAACGGUCAAUCAAUGACACAACAACAAUUAUACUUGAAAUCAAUAGAAUAUGAUCCAACCAAUUCCGACUCAUACAAUAACCUUGCAACAACACUUUCAAUUGGUGAAUCAAUCAUACUUCAUAACGGUCAAUCAAUGACACAACAACAACUAUACUUGAAAUCAAUAGAAUGUGAUCCAACCAAUUCCGACUCAUACAAUAACCUUGCAACAACACUUUCAAGAGGUGAAUCAAUCACACUUCAUAACGGUCAAUCAAUGACACAACAACAACUAUUCUUGAAAUCAAUAGAAUGUGAUCCUACCAAUUCCAACUCAUACAAAAACCUUGCAACAACACUUUCAUUUGGUGAAUCAAUCAUACUUAAUGAUGGUCAAUCAAUGACACAACAACAACUAUACUUGAAAUCAAUAGAAUGUGAUCCAACCAAUUCCGACUCAUACAAUAACCUUGCAACAACACUUUCAAUUGGUGAAUCAAUCACACUUCAUAACGGCCAAUCAAUGACACAACAACAACUAUACUUGAAAUCAAUAGAAUAUGAUCCAACCAAUUCCAACUCAUACAAUAACAUUGCAACAACACUUUCAAUUGGUGAAUCAAUCACACUUCAUAACGGUCAAUCAAUGACACAACAACAACUAUACUUGAAAUCAAUAGAAUGUGAUCCAACCAAUUCCGACUCAUACAAUAACCUUGCAACAACACUUUCAAUAGGUGAAUCAAUCACACUUCAUAACGGUCAAUCAAUGACACAACAACAACUAUACUUGAAAUCAAUAGAAUGUGAUCCAACCAAUUCCAACUCAUACAAUAACCUUGCAACAACACUUUCAAUUGGUGAAUCAAUCACACUUCAUAACGGUCAAUCAAUGACACAACAACAACUAUACUUGAAAUCAAUAGAAAUGUGA